UCGCUGCUUCUCCUCUAUGUACAGAAUUGCGGUCGAGGCUGACAAAUGACCAGUGUACCGCGGACCGGGGCAGUCCGGGAGACAGAGCAGGGCUGAAAGAAGGGAAAGCAGGCCUGGCAGCCGAUUGGUGUAGACCAGAGUCAGUCAGUGACGUUACCGCUGGCCAGUUGGCGCUGUGGAGUGUGAUUUGCCGCUCAGCUGUCAGUGACGGUUGGGUGGUGUGGUCUCCCUCCAGCCUGUCACUGCGCGACUAAGGCACUGCUCUGAUCUGAUUGGCUGUCUUUGGUGUCAGUUAGCCGCCAAUUUCUGCAGGCAGGCGUGUGAUUGGUGGACGCUCGGAAUGUCUGUGUUGCCGGGUGAUGCGGAAGUGAUAGUCGAGACAGCGGGUACACGGGUGGCGGAUGCACGAGGAGGGAGAGCGGCGUAACCGGGGAGUUUAUCGCAGUCUAGCAGGAAAAAUCUGCACGGAUCACUGAGUGUUGGGAAGUGUGAGUGUUGGGGGUCCCUGCUUUCCGGGGCUCCCAGACAUGCUGUCUUUGAAGAAGUAUCUGACGGAGGGUCUAAUCCAGUUCACCAUUCUUUUGAGCCUGAUGGGUGUGCGUGUAGACCUAGACUCAUAUCUGCCCUCUCAUUUGCCCCCACUGCAUGAGAUCAUCCUUGGGCCCACCUCAGCGUAUACACAGACUCAGUUCCACAGUCUCCGAGGGACCUCUGAUGGCUAUGCAGUACACCCGAAGAGUGUGGAUUUGGACCAGUUUUUCACUUCCCGUAGACUUCUAAGCCGUAUGCGAGCGCUUGAUAGGCUGCAAGUGCCCAGCACAGAGCUUGACGCAUGGCUUGUACACAAGGAGGCAGAAACCUCUGUGUCCAGUGUUCAGACUGGCUCUAGCAGAUCUCCAGACAGCCCGCAGGAUCUCUCAACAUCCGGGAACAGCCUCAGAGACAGUAUAGAGACUGUACAAGGACAUGGUGAUGAGUUAGGAGCAACUGCACAGUCUGAGUGUUCCGAGCUGAACAAGGAGGAAGUUGAUCCAAUAGAUAUUUUAUGGCUUCAAGACGUUGACCUUGGAGCUGGGCGUGAAGAUUUUGAGAGUCGCCAGCAUCAGAAGGACAAUGAAGAUGUUUGGGAGUCCUUGGGUGAUGAUCCAGGAAGUGAAUCUGUGGACCCCAGAGUGCAAGUGGAUGGAGAGACUGGAGAAAAUGUACCACAUGAGGGUCAGACAGCUAUGUCUUUGGCAGAAUGCCUGAGUCUUCUAGAGGACACUUUCCAGUUUGCUGAUUCUCCUGAGUUUCCAGCUCCUGCCCCUCAAAGUAUAUUGGAUGUGGAUCCAUGUCCUGUGGCUAUAGAACAGGCAGAUGGUCUCCUGUCCCCUUUUCUUCCAAAUUUGGAGACACCUGUGGAUCUGGAGGAGCAGUGGCAGGACCUUUUGUCUAUUAUGGAUAUGCAGCCCAUGGAUAUCAACUGUUCAGUUGACGAUCCUUUAUACCUGAACUUGGAUCCUUCACUCCAGCAAAAUGGGACCCUAGAUCAGGUGUCUCUUCAAAGCUGUUCUCAAAACCUUUCACUCUACACUCCUACAAUGGAACCAUUUCCAAUCUCUGAGUCCCCGCUGCCUCAGCUCUCCUCCCAUAACUCUUCUGACCUCAAUUCCACUUUUGGAUUUACCAAUAUAACAGGAAUUCUUUUCCCCUCACAACUGAACAGCACAGCCAAUGAGACAAACACUGUUCUUCAGGACCCACUUGGUGGAAUCCUGGGUGAGGCUUUGCUGGAUGAAAUCAGUCUUAUGGAGUUGGCACUGGAGGAAGGCUUCAGCCAGGUACAAGCUUCACAACUCCAGGAAGAGUUAGAUUCAGAUUCUGGACUCUCUCUUGAUUCCCACCGUAGUCCAGUAUCUCCUAGUGGGUCUGAGAGUUCCUCUUCCUCCUCCUCCACCACCUCCUCCUCCUCCUCCUCCUCUUCCUGCUCAUCAUCCUCCUUCUCUGAGGAGGGAGCAGUAGGAUACAGUUCUGACUCUGAGAUGAUUGAGCCUGAGGAAUCUGAGGAGGCAAGUGGGUACCAACCAGAAUACAGCAAGUUUUGUCGAAUGAGUUCCCAGGAUCCUGGUCGAUUUCAGCGCUUUCCUUUUCUUGACCAUGUUGGACACAAUCAUACCUACAAUAUGAUGCCUGAGGAGCCAGAGGAGCAGCAACAGCCUAUGAUAGGGAGGGACAGUCAAAGACAAACCGGAUUCUUAGAUAGGCAGGCAGGCCGAGAUGAGCAAAGAGCUAGAGCUAUGAAGAUACCAUUCAGUAAUGAAAAAAUUAUACAUCUGCCUGUUGAGGAGUUUAAUGAGCUUCUUACUAAGUAUCAACUUAGCGAUGCACAGCUUUGCUUAGUGCGGGAUAUUCGCAGACGUGGAAAGAACAAGAUGGCUGCUCAAAACUGCCGCAAAAGAAAGUUGGACACAAUUCUGAACCUGGAGCAGGAGGUGAAACGUUUAAGCAGAGAACGUAACGCUCAGUUGCGAGUAAAAGGAGAAAACUUGAGAUCACUACAGAGAAUGAAACAGGAAGUGGAGAACUUGUAUCAGGAAGUGUUUAGCCAGCUAAGAGACCAAGAAGGUCGGCCAUACUCUCCUCAACGAUAUGCCUUGCACUACACCAACAAUGGCAAUGUAGUACUCAUGCCACGCAAUGCUGAGGGACAGCAAAGCCGGCGUCCAGAGAGAAAGGACAGGAGGAAGUGAUAUCUUUAUUUGAAUUCUGGAAUAUUACAGGACAUGGGAUGUGGGCUGUGCUUUCAUUCAGGCCUCCGUAUCAAACCUUUCACACAAGACUGACCCCAGUGAGUGAUGAGGUAGAUGUCUACACAUACUGAGGGCCAGGGGCUGUGUCCUGUCUGCGUCGGGGCCCCGUUUGCCCAGGAAUGCGGAGGUCGCCAGUCGGGCCUAAAGGCAGAGGAAUGCCCAGGAAUCGUAAACAUAAGAAGCCGACAAAGGGAGGGUGACAACUACUUUUUUGUUUUUAAUUCUUAAUGUCUAAAAUGUAGGCAAGUAUGUGUCAGCAAUCGAACAGUCAACAUGCAUGAGGGUGAGUGGUGUCAGUGUGGCUUUUUCUGAGCAGACAUCUGGCACUGUGGUCUAAGAGAGUUUGUAGUGUAUAAGCAGUUUGGGAUUAGUGACUUAACUGGUAGAGAGACUCUGAGCCUCAAAAAGCUUAGUACUGAUUUCCACUUCUUUAUAGCAGAGCGUUUCCUGUAAGUGACUAGCAUGUAAAAAUACAACAUCCUUUUUAAUGUGCUCAGAAAUCUCUGGCAGUGCAAUUUUAAAUUUGCUGUCUGCAACAAAGAAAGUGUAGUGGUUUAAUUCCAACAAUUUCCCAUGUUAAAGAUUUAUGAGCCUCAAAUUGCCAGACAGGGCAUGACCCAAUCACACAUGGUCUAUGAACCAGUUACAGCAACACCCAGAGAUUCCUGCAAGGUGGAUCGGGUGGUGUAUGCGUGUGUAUAUUUUGGACUACUAUGUUAAGUAGCAAGAAUUCUGUUCAUUAAGGGAGUAACAGUUAUUCACUGAAUCCUAAAUUUAUUCUAUAACAUUCAUGUGAUGAGUUAGGUUUAGAGUUUGCAGAGUGAUAACUAUGCACGUUCCAUAAUACAUCAUCCUGGAACUAGUUCAACAAUGUAUGAAUUUUUUUUUUUUUUUUUUUUGUAUUUAAAUUUUUUUUUUUUCUAUUUGAAAUAAAAUGAUUUUACAAUA